AUGGAAUCUUUUGAUCAACACGGCACACCAGCAAGUCAAGGUACAACUGCACGUGCCGGAACUUCAACAACAAUUAGGAGUGGUGAUGAGGAAAAUUAUUCUUAUGGUGAAAUAGAUGAAGGAGGAGAAGAUGCUAAUCUUAAUUCUCCUGAAGGAGAAAUAGAGCAACAGCAACAACAAUCCCCUCAACAAAACCCUUCUCAUAGCCAACCAACUUCAGCACGUCCAACUCUCUACCAAAAACGUUCAACUCCUUCAGCAGGCGUUGUUGGUGCUGUAGUCCAACCAUUAUAUAGUGGACCUACACCUGCACGUUUAUUUAAGAGAACAUUAUCUGAACAACAAUUUGGGAAUCGCCCAAUCUCGGAAGUUCCUCCAACAAUUUCAUCUACCGCACAACAAAGCAAAAGUUUACCAUUAACAUCACAACGAAGUAUCCCAGAAAGUAUUCAUUCAAUUCAACAAAAACGUAGAAGUCCCUCAAUUAUUGACUUAAGCGUUAAAGUAAAAGAAGUUAGUCAAUCAGUAAAGAAUGCAGCAGAAGAUGAAUUACGUUAUGAAUUAAUUCGUUUUGCAGCUAGAACAACUGCUCACGGAAUUCCUAUGGCAGCUCAAGCAACUAAGUGGUAUGCCAAAUGGAUGUGGAUAAUUAUAUCUUUGUUGUCUGUUGGUAUUUUUAUUUAUAGCGUUCUUGGUGUUUUAGAGAAAUAUCAAAGAAGAGAAAAAAUUGUUUCUGUUCAACUUCGUUUUGAUAAUGUCCCAUUCCCCGCUAUUACUAUUUGCAAUUUAAAUCCUUUCAAAAGAGAAGAAGCAAGACAUGUACCCGAAAUUAGUGAAACAUUAGAAGCAUAUCAUCAAGCAGUAACUUAUUCAAAACAUGCAGACCUUUAUUUAGAUGAAACCCCGGCAGUUCGUGAACGUAGAAAUAUAAGGGGCGGCCAUCGUCAUGUACAAAUUGAACCAGUAAUGUCAGACUGUGAAUGUUUAGAGGGAUUUAAUUCUGCUGGAAAACACGAUUGUGCGCAAUUAGAUUCUAUACCUAAAGAUAAUGUUUCUUUAUGUAUUUGUAAUUAUGACAGACAAGAUUCUAGUAUAUGGCCUUGUUAUAGUAAAACAAGUUGGAUUGAAGAAUGGUGUCCAAUAUGCAACGAUAUUGGAUAUUGUACUUUGCCAAAUACAAAUACUUCAAAUACAGUACCUUGUAUAUGCCAAAAGAGUGUUAAUUAUUGUUUGAUUCGACCAGAAAGAUUAAAAAGAAUGUGGGAAGUCCGUGGAGAUAAAAUACCCACAGAAGAUUCUCCUUUUCGGACAGAUUUUCUUAAUCAAUUAAAAGAAUUGGGUUAUGAAAAUAUGACGGAUGAAGUUGCUAUUACAACAAAAACUAGAGAAAAACUUGUAUUGGCAAUGGCAAGUCUUCAUAAAGAACAAAGAAAAUCGCUUUCAUAUGGAAGAAGUGAAUUUAUUAAAAUGUGUUCAUUUAAUGGACAACAAUGUAAUAUAAAUCACGAUUUUAAAUUACAUGCUGAUCCAGCAUUUGGAAAUUGUUAUAUGUUUAAUGCUAAUAAAUCAAAUCCUUUGGUUAGUAGUCGAGCUGGACCUUCAUAUGGACUUAGAUUACUUGUACACAUUAACACCUCUGAUUAUUUACCUACAACACAAGCUUCUGGUGUUCACAUAGUCAUUCACAGUCAAGAUGAGCAUCCCUUUCCAGAUGCUUUUGGAUACUCUGCCAGAAAAGUAAAUCGACUGCCCAUUCCUCGUGGUAUUUGUUUAAUGCCUGGGGAGCCUAAACCCGAAGGUUAUAUCUACUCAGAUCAUAAAUAUGAACCUGAGGGUUGUUAUAAAAGUUGUUAUCAACAUCAAAUAAUUAGAAGGUGUGGAUGUUCUGAUCCAAGAUAUCCCCAACCAGAUGAUAAUACUAAAGUUUGUAAUAGUUCUAAUGCUCUUGACAGUAAUUGCCUUUUGGUGGAAAGUAUAAGAUUUACCCGUGCUCAACAAUGUCAUUGCAAACAUCCUUGUGUUCAUGAUGUUUACACAACAGCAUUUUCUUCUGCACGUCUAAUCUCUGAAGCAUUUCGUAGUUUUCAAUGUUCGGGUAAGAGGGAAUGCAAAACAGAAUUUGAUGCUGAUUCUGCUGCAAUGCUUGAAAUAUAUUACGAACAAAUGUCACAUGAAGUACUUACAGAAAGCGAAUCUUAUAUGUUUGUUAAUUUUAUUUCUGAUAUUGGAGGGCAAGCUGGAUUGUGGUUAGGUGCUAGUAUUCUUACACUAUUUGAGCUUUUUGUCUUCGCUUUUCGCAUUUUUACAAUUGUUUGCCGUCGUCGCCUUCGUCGAAACACAAUUGAUUUUGACAUCGAAGAUGACGAUUUAGAACAACAACAAAAAAGGUCAACAUCCAAAGGAAUCCCUUCUUCGUUUACAACAACCCCAAAACAUUCUCAAAUGCGGAAAUCUGCUUCUUCUUUAACUUCUUUAAGUAUUAGAGCUUCGGCAUUAGAUGCUAAAGUACAGGCAGCAAAAAGUGAAAGAAAUACAUCUUUGGGGUCUUUAAAUUUGGCAUAUCAAUCACCUAAAACAAGAAAAGUAACGGCUGAGCCAUUUUCUUCGAGAUCCGCUCGAAAGCUAAGUAAACAAACAUCAUUUGCUGUAACGGAAGAUGAGGAAGAAGAGGAAAAUGGAAAUAUUGAAGAGGGUUAUUAUGACAAACAAUUAACUCCAAGUAGCGAUGAAAGAACUCUUGGUAAAAAUAAAUCAGUGGAAAGUAUGGGGACUUCAACCACUUCAAAUAAUAGUUAUGUUGAAGGAGGAGAAAUGAAUAAUAAUAAUAAUUCUUCAAAUAAAAUAAAAUUAAAAAAUUCACCAAAAAAGGAUACAAAAAAUAAAAAAGAAAUAAAGAAAAAGGAAGAUAAGAAGAAAGAAUUGAAGAAAAAGGAAGGAAAGAAAAAAGAUAAAAAGAAGAAAAAAGUUGUAGAAAAUCCCUAUGAAGUUUUAGUUUAA